AUGCUCACUGGACUUGCGGAUAAGGAUCCAUAUGUGAGAUCAAAAGUAUGUGAAGUACUCGGAGAAAUGGAUAAAAAAUUAGCAAUUAAUGACGUUAUUAAUGGACUGGUCACUGCACUUGAAGAUCAAAAUGCGCUUGUCAGAUUGAAAGCAAGUGAGGCCCUUGGGCAAAUGGGUGAAAAUGUAGCAACUAAUGAAGUAAUCACUGGGCUGCUGGCUACACUUGAACACGAGGACUGGAAUAUGAAGCGUGCAGCAUGUGCGGCUCUUGGAAAAAUGGGUGAAAAAGCAGUAACUAAAGCCGUGAUCAGCGGGCUAGUGGCUACAUUUGGGAGAAAGAAUGAGAUCGAUCAUGUUCCAAGGAGUGCGUGUGAAGCUCUUGGAAAGCUUGGCGAAAAAGUACCAACCGAUGACGUUGUUAAUGGGCUGGUAAUUGCCCUGGGGGUCGACUCAAUGUCUGUUAGAGAGGCUGCAAGUGAAGCUCUCGGGAAAAUGAUCGAAAAUGUAACAACAGAUGAUGUCAUCAACGGACUGUUGAGUGCAGGCCGUCGUGUCAUUGGUUAUAGUAGAGCCUAUCAAACACUUGAAAAGAUUCUGCUUUCAUCUACGAUGUUAGCACGGUUAUCCUCUGAUACAGUUUUGAAACUUUAUCAAAGUAUGAAAGAUGAUCAGUUAGGGAACUUGAGAACUAUUCCUGCAGACAAAUUUAUGAAGGUGUUUCUACACACAAGAAAUACUGCGUGGCUUUCUGUAGUAGCCAUCUUUGCACUUCUGCAGGGAAAUACUGUCACUGUUAUUGGCGACACUUUUGUACUGUAUGGAACUGAAGAACCACUACAGGUAUUCGUUCAUGAUGCAGAAGCAGAACUUCGUAAAGAAUUGGUCGAAGCCUUUAUUCAUCAAACGGACGAACUUCAAUCAUUAUCGAAUCUUUGUACAAAAUCGCAAGUGGUGUCUUCUGUAUGCAUGCUUAUGUAA